AUUCUAGAUCACUCCUGUAUGAUUUUCAUGUGAUUUUUUUUUAAAGAUGAAGUCGGAUAAAAAAGGUGAUAAGAUUUUUGGAUCGUUUAAAGUUGACGUUUUAAAAAAAAUGGUUCAAGUUCAUGAAGAUUUUGAAAAAUAUAAGGAUUCAGUGCCCUCUUUUCGUAUUAUCGUUGGUACUUAUGAGGGUAUUCUUUACGGAAUUGAUGUGAUAUUGUUUUUGAAAGAUGAUAUGAAGAUAAAUAUUUUUUUUAAUCCUGUUUGGAUGUUUGAAUCAAAUAAGGGCUGCAUUCAUGCAAUUGCCAUAGGUGGACGAUAUCUUGUAUGUGGAGGUGUAGAUGAAGUAAUUAAAUUAUAUGAUUUAAGAAAAAAAAAAGACAUCGGAUCUCUUUAUCAUCAAUCAGGGACAAUUACCGGCCUUGUAUUUUCUUCAUUCAUUUCUCCUAAGUUUCUUAUAUCCGUUUCUGAUGAUGAUACAAUGGUUUUUUUUCGUACUAAAGACUGGUUGCCUCUUAGUACAACAAAAACUCAACAUGGCCGCGUAAACUCUAUUUCUAUUCAUCCAAGUGGGAAGAUUGCUCUUACGGUUGGAUCAGAUAAGAACAUUCGAUUAUGGAAUAUGAUGACUGGAAAAAAAGCAGGAAAAUAUAAUCUAAAUAAAAAUGAACCACUUCAUAUUCAAUGGAAUACAUUAGGCACUCAGUAUGCUGUAUUAUUGAAUAAAGAAGUAAUGGUGUAUGAUAUGUCUGCAACUCUUAUACAUUGUUUUUCGUCAUUAACUCAAUUUAAUUCUAUGCACUAUGCUAUAUCAAAAAAAAACCAUGAAAUACUAGUUUUGGGUUCUCAAAAUGGGUGUUUACAAAUAUAUGAUUCUAGUAAUGGGAAACUAAUAGUAAGUUUCGUUGCGCAUGAAAAUAGUAGAAUUAAGGCUAUUACAUCUUAUACGUAUCAACCUACUAAUGUAUCUUUUUUGAUUCUUAUAACUGCGUCAUCAAAUGGCUCAAUAAAGUUAUGGGUUGAAUAUCAGGAAUCUUCCUUUUAUCAGAUAGGAGAAUAUAAUUGUGGAGAGAGAAGAAUUACAUGUAUGAUUACUGAUUCUUCUAUUGAAAAUUUGGAGAAAAAAACUGAAAAUGCUGAUUAAAAAAGAUAUACGGAUCACGAGUGAAACUAAUGUCCAAUAAAGUAGC